AGUCUAGUGGUCCGGCUUGUACUGCAGCUCCAGAUUCAUGAAGUUCACACAGUUUGUGCUGCAAUUCCUGUAUAUAGGAAGCAAUAGUAGUAUCUCCCCCUAAUAGUGAUGUUUAUGCAGGGGAAAAGGUUUAGCCUGGCAAACCACCUAGAGGGGGAGGGGUGAAGACCGGAGCCUGAGAAAGUGGAAAGAGGGCCAAAUGGCAGCGGAGAAGAGGGAAGAUAUGCGGGGGAAGGUGAAACCUGAAGAACCUGGGGGAAAGGAGAGAAAGCAGGGAAACGGGGAGGAUGCCGGGAAGAAGAACACUGCGUGAUGGCCCAGGAGAGGUUCCAGGAAGCCUCACUGGGCAGAAGGGAGCUUCCUUGACAGGCUACGGAGAAGAGGGAGCCCGACACCGGAAAAGGCCCGGAACUGGCUGGACCGAACCAGGAACCCCCUUCGGGCUUCCUUCCGGCGUCUUCCUGACUGGCUUUGGCAAGCAGUGCCCGAGAAACUCCCCAUCGCAGCACGAGAGCCCACGUGGAGAUCGAGCUGCUACCCAGAAUGCCCCGCGCGUGCCCUCGGGCUCCCCUCCUGCCUCGGACAAAACGGGAAUGCAGAGACCUCAAGGAAAGCGCAGCGCCCCGAGCUGUGUUAGGAGAGAGAAGAGCUGGGAACUGGGGACGCCGGAGGCCCCGGGAAAGCCAGGAGACCGAAGCACCCUAAAGAGAUGAGCGCAGCACAGGCACAAAUGGCCCUCUGAGCCACAGGGGCGGGGCGGGGCAGGACCCUAGAGGGUGCGGAGGAAUGAAGGGGAAGCCAGGAGGGCUGGGAAGGGAAGCUUGGUAGGAGGGUAGGGCCAUCCCCAUGGGGGAGGGCGGCAUAAUUAGUCCUAGAACAGGCGGCGCAGAGGCCUCUGGGAAACCGGAAAUUAAUAUCGCUGCCAGUUCCACGACCCGCCUCCUCUUCCCAAGCUUUUCCCGCCUCACCUCUUCCCGGGCGGUGGAACUCCCCCAGUCUCGCGCCUCCGGCCUCGAGAUGAGGCCUUGAAAAGAUGGAGAAGCUUCACCAGAUGGACUCACUGGGGCUAUUUUGCUGCCUCUACAGAGAGCCUGUAGUCCCAGGAAUGGCCUUGGAGAGGGACAGACUCCCAACCCAGGAGAUGGUAACGUUCCAGGAUGUGGCUGUGGAGUUCACGUGGGAGGAGUGGCACCUCUUAUCCCCUCCCCAGAAGGAGCUGUACAAGGAUGUGAUGCUGGAGAAUGCCCGGAACCUGCUCUCUGUGGAAGGAGAAUUCCGACCUGAAAUGAAGGAGAAUCCAACAGAGAUGAGCCUUUCUGUGGAAGAAAUGGAACUACAAAGGUUCAUGAGUGAUAGUCCCAGUAAGUUUCCUUUCAGAGAAUUCUGUGUUGCACCUCAAAAUUUAUCUCAUAUUGAACAUCAAAUAAUGCAUAUUGAGGAAAAAUCUAGUGAAAUUAAUGAGUUUGGAAAGUCUAACCACACUGAAGAGAGACCUAAAGAAUGCAAGGAAUGUGAAAAGGCAUUCAGUCAGAGCUCCAGUCUUGUUGCACAUCAGAGAAUGUACACAGGGGAGAAACCUUAUGAAUGCAAGCAGUGUGGAAAGACAUUCAGUCAGAGUUCCCGUCUUGCUGUACAUUGGAGAGUCCAUACUGGGGAGAAACCUUAUGAAUGCAAACACUGUGGACAGACAUUUAGACAGAGGUCCAAUCUUGUUGCACAUCAGAGAAUCCACACUGAUGAGAAACUUUAUGAAUGCAACCAAUGUGGAAAGACAUUCAGUCAAAGAUCCAGUCUUGGUCUACAUCAGAGAAUCCACACUGGGGAGAAACCUUACAAAUGCAACCAAUGUGAAAAGACAUUCAAAUGUAAAUCCAGUCUUUAUGCCCAUCAAAGAAUCCACACUGGGGAGAAAUCUUAUGAAUGCAACCAAUGUGGAAAGACAUUCAGUCAGAGAUCCAGUCUUGGUCUACAUCAGAGAAUCCACACUGGGGAAAAGCCUUAUGAAUGCAAGCAGUGUGGAAAGACAUUUAGACAGAGCUCUGGUCUUGCUGCACAUCAGAGAAUCCACACUGGGGAGAAACCUUAUGAAUGCAACCAAUGUGGAAAGACAUUCAGUCAAAGAUCCAGUCUUGGUCUACAUCAGAGAUUCCACACUGGGGAAAAGCCUUAUGAAUGCAAGCAGUGUGGAAAGUCAUUCAUUCAGAGCUCCAGUCUUGCUGAACAUCAAAGAAUCCACACUGGGGAGAAACCUUAUGAAUGUAAGCACUGUGGAAAGACAUUCCGUACGAGCUUCCGUCUUGCUGUACAUAAGAGAAUCCAUACUGGGGAAAAGCCUUAUGAAUGCAAGCAGUGUGGAAAGACAUUUAGACAGAGCUCCAGUCUUGCUGCACAUCGGAGAAUCCACACUGGGGAGAAACCUUAUGAAUGCAAGCAGUGUGGAAAGACAUUCCGUCAGGGAUUCCAUCUUGCUGUACAUCAGAGAAUCCAUACUGGGCAGAAAUAUUAUGAAUGCAAACAAUGUGGAAAGACAUUCAGUUGCCACUCCAAUUUUGCUGUGCAUCAGAGAAUCCACACUGGGGAGAAACCUUAUGAAUGCAAGCACUGUGGAAAAACAUUUAGUCAUAGUUCCAGUGUUGCUGCACAUCAGAGAGUCCAUACUGGGGAGAAACCUUAUGAAUGCAAGCACUGUGGACAGACAUUUAGACAGAAGUCCAAUCUUGCUGCACAUCAGAGAAUUCACACAGGGGAGAAACCUUAUGAAUGUAAGCAGUGUGGAAAGACGUUCUGCAUGAGCUCCCGUCUUGCUGUACAUCAGAGAAUCCACACUGGGGAGAAAUCUUUUGAAUGCAAGCAGUGUGGAAAGACAUUCCUUCAUAGCUCCAGCCUUGCUGAACAUCAGAGAAUCCACACUGGGGAGAAACCUUAUGAAUGCAAGCAGUGUGGAAAGGCAUUCAGUUGCCACUCCAAUUUUGCUGUGCAUCAGAGAACCCACACUGGGGAGAAACCUUAUGAAUGCAAACAGUGUGGAAAGACAUUCAGUCAGAGUUCCAGCCUUGCUGCCCAUCAGAGAAUCCACACUGGGGAGAAACCCUAUGAAUGCAAGCAGUGUGGAAAGACAUUUAGACAGAGCUCUGGUCUUGCUGCACAUCAGAGAAUCUAUACUGGGGAGAAACUAUUAUGAAUGCAACCAAUGUAGAAAGACAUUCACAUAUAAAUCCAAUUUUGCUGCCCAUCAGAGACUCCGCAUGGGAGAAGCCUUAUGAAUGCUCCAAUCUUUUCAUCCGAGAAUGCAUUCUGGGGAGGAGCCUUAAGAGUACAAGCUAUUUCAAAUGAUGCUCCAGUCUUGCUUUGUGCGAAGGAAAUUUUUCCUUCUCCUUCUCCUUCUCUAUGGCAGAAUACCUAGCAUGAGCCUGCACUUGACACAGCACUGAGUAUUGCAUGAUAGAAAUCAUUGAAUGAGGAUGGAAUGGCAGAAGAAAAAAGGUAGCAAUAGUCAACUGAUCAUGAAACAGGGUCUGAAUGAUGUCUUUUGUACUGCCCCCAUAGGGGGCCCAGGCAAUAUAAAAAGCUGCUGUUGGUUCCUGAGAUGAGAUUUGUGAGUUAGUAGGCAGAGAAAAUGUUUGAUAAAUGGAGGGAAAAGCAGAUAUCAAAGCUCUUUCCUGUCAAUUUUGUUGCUGGCUACAUUUCCCUAUGCGCAUGGCUAGGGCGCCCUAAUGAUGGCCACAGAAUAGCAACCUAAAUUGAGCAAUGAGAAAAGUAUUUCUUUCCUGUUUUUCCAUCUUUUUCCCCUACAGCUUUAGUUUAAAUAAAAUUUAGGGCCUGUCUUAUCAUUUUCCCUCUUAGACUGUAUAUUAUAGAAACUACAGACAUUUACACUGAGCUAUCAUUUUUCCUGAAGUCAAACUAUUCACUCUACUGUAUCAUAAACUCCCAAGAUGAAGUCCAAAUAGGCAUGAUUUAGACCUAAAGUGUGAUCCCAUAAGAAAAUUAAGGGAGUGUAGAAUACUUUACCUUUCAGAUCAAUUCAUUGAUAAAGGAAGGAUUUAUGACCAAAUAAGAAAUAGAUAACAUUAUGAAGUAUAAAGUAGUUACAUUUUGUUAUAUUAAAUUCAGAAACUACAAACAAAACUAAUGCAACCAAGAUUAAAAGUGAAAACAAGAAGUUAUCAUUUUUACAACAAUGUGUUCAAUUAAACACUUAAUGAAAUAAUGUCGUUGUCCUAUAGAAAUAAUUUGUAAGUAGAAUAAUUUCCUAUAUCAGGUUUUCCCAAAAAUUCCCAUGAAGCAAAAAUUAAAAGAAAAAUGAAAUCGUGGAUUUCAAACAUGAAAACAUUAUUGACAUUCCAAAGAAUUCUAUUCAGUUGAAUGCAUUAUCAGCAUAACCUUACAUGGAAAACCACCAUGUACCUAUCAGGUUGACACUCAGACUGAUUGCACCCAGAGACCAAAGUACCAUAACUGAUAUAAUUAGACUUAUUUCUACAAUUGCUAGCCCUAACACAUAUAUCAAAUCUGAAACCUAUUUUGCAUUAAGGUCUGUGCUACAUAUGUGGUAGAAAUUUAUCACACCAGUAUAGAACUCCAAGCUAAAUAGGUUUAUUGGGAGGAGACCAGAUUCCCAAUAAAGCCUGACCCUGGUCAAAUCAAGAGCAGAGACCCCAAACCUUAGGAGAUAGCCUUUUUUGUGCCAAAAAAUCUCAGGAUGCAGUGGCAGAAAACACAGUCACGAUGAAAAUAAAAUGGAUGCAAAAUUGUU